ACACAAAAACAUAACCUCUUUCAAACGGCGCCGAUUUAUUUGCUUGAAUUUUUGCGUCCCGCACAAGGAAAAGUUGUUAUUUAAAAAAUUCCACUAAAAUAAUAUCAAUUUCACAAAAUUUUGCAAAUAAUAAUUCGUAAAAAAGUACAAAUCAUCACUUAAUAAUGGAAGCCCUCGAAUAUAAUGAUAUUCAGUCUGAAGUUCGUGGAGUUAUGACUCCUGGACGUCUCAAACUAGCCGAUCAAAAUAUCGUCUUCAAAAACAACAAAACUGGCAAAGUCGAACAAAUCAACUCCGCCGACAUCGAAUUAGUAAAUUCACAGAAAUUCGUCGGCUCUUGGGGCAUUCGUGUGUUCACAAAGAAUGGAACUCUCCACCGUUUUUGUGGCUUCAAAGACAGUGAACAUGAAAAAGUUGGUAAAUUCUUUAAGAAACAAUACAAUCUUGAUAUGUUGGAAAAAGAACUCUGCGUUCGAGGUUGGAAUUGGGGCACAGCCAAAUUUAAUGGUUCCGUUCUCAGUUUUGACUUGGAUGUCAAGACUUCCUUUGAGAUUCCACUGAAUCAUGUGUCACAAUGUAAUACGGGAAAGAAUGAAGUAACUUUGGAAUUUCAUCAAAAUGAUGAUGCUCCAGUUGGUUUGAUGGAAAUGCGUUUCCAUAUUCCAACAAGUGAAUCGGCGGAAAUUGAUCCCGUCGAAAGCUUCCAAACGAAUGUCAUGAAUAAAGCUUCGGUUAUUUCGGUUUCUGGCGAUGCCAUUUCGAUAUUCAGAGAAAUUCAUUGUCUUACUCCUCGUGGUCGAUAUGAUAUUAAGAUUUUCUCGACAUUCUUUCAACUUCACGGAAAGACUUUCGAUUAUAAGAUUCCAAUGUCGACUGUCUUGAGAUUGUUCCUGUUGCCGCAUAAGGAUAAUCGACAGAUGUUCUUUGUACUGUCAUUGGAUCCUCCGAUAAAGCAGGGACAGACAAGAUAUCACUUUUUGGUUUUGUUGUUUGGUCCCGAAGAGGAUAUAUCACUUGAGUUGCCAUUUACUGAAGAAGAGUUGAAGGAAAAGUAUGAUAAUAAAAUAACUAAGGAACUCUCCGGGCCAGUUUAUGAAGUGAUGGGAAAGAUUAUGAAAGUUCUGAUCAAUAGGAAAAUUACAGGACCAGGAAACUUUAUGGGACAUUCCGGAACUCCAGCUGUUGGAUGUUCCUUCAAAGCUGCCGCUGGAUAUUUAUAUCCCUUAGAACGUGGCUUCAUCUAUGUCCACAAACCACCGCUGCAUAUUCGAUUCGAGGAGAUUGCCACGGUUAACUUUGCUCGUAGCGGUGGAUCGACUCGAAGUUUUGAUUUCGAAAUCGAACUCAAAUCUGGAACCGUCCACACAUUCAGCAGCAUCGAAAAGGAAGAAUAUUCCAAGUUGUUCGACUUUAUUCAAAAGAAGAAACUCCAUGUCAAGAACACCGGAAAGAACGACAAAGGAGCGUACAAGGAUGACUUUGGUGAUUCGGACAAUGAAAACGAACCAGAUGCUUAUUUGGCACGUGUCCAAGCUGAGGCACGCGAAAAGGAUUCAGAUUUAGACGAUGAAGAAGGUUCUGAAGAAGAAUCAACCGAUGAAGACUUCAAACCCAAUGAGAAUGAAUCCGAUGUUGCUGAGGAGUAUGACAGUAACGCACAGAGUGACUCAUCAGAUGAUAGCGAUGCUAGUGGAGGUGCUGGUGGUGGAGAUGCUGAUAGUGCUGAACGCAAAGAGAAGAAGAAGGAAAAGAAAGAAAAGAAAGAGAAGAAGGAAAAGGAGAGGAAAGAACGCAAAGAAAAAGUAGUAAAGAAGACAAAAAAGAAGGAUAAGGAUUCUAAUAAGCCCAAGAGAGCCACAACAGCCUUUAUGAGUUGGUUGAAUGAAACUCGAGAAGAAAUCAAAAAGGAUAAUCCUGGCAUUAAGGUGACUGAGAUAGCAAAGAAGGGAGGAGAGAUGUGGCGUGAUUUGAAAGACAAAUCCAAAUGGGAAGAAAUAGCCAACAAGGAUAAACAGAGAUAUGCUGAUGAAAUGAAAGAGUACAAUGCUAGCGGUGGUAGUGCUAAGGCUGCCGGAAGCGAUGAUGAAGGAAGCAAAAAGACUGCAGUAAAACGAAAGAAGGAAUCGCCAACUAAAAGAUCUGCUAAUACAUCUGGAGGAUCGUUUAAGAGCAAAGAAUAUAUCUCGGAUGAUUCGUCUUCAGAUGAUUCGGACAAAGCUUCGAAGAAGAAGUCCAAGGGUGAUGAUAAGAAAAAAUCAGAGUCUGAAGGAGAUGAUGAGGAAAUUGAUUCAUCUGGCGACUCGGAGGGUGAAAAAUCCAAGAAGAAAACGGAUUCUAAAACCAAGACAAAAGAAGUUUCCAAAAAGUCAUCAACAAAGGAAUCUUCGAAAAAGAAGAAUGAAUCCGAUGAAGAAAUGGAAUCAGAUGGUGAAGAAGAAAAAGACAAAUCUUCGUCUUCUAAAGGAAAGUCAAAAGACACAUCCAAGAAAAAGAACGAUUCAGAAGACGACGAAGAAGAGGAGGAAAUUGAGGAUUCACAUGAAGAUUCUGAAGAAGAAUCCAAAAAGAAAAAGCCGGAGAAAGUCAAGCCCAAGAGUAAACCAGGACCAGCAUCAAAACAAAAGAAUAAAGAGGAAUCAGAAGAUGAGGAGGAUGAAGAAGAAGAGGACGAAGAACCGAGUGAUGUGGAUGUCAGCGAUUAAACAUACAAAUGAAACAAACAAACAAAUAUUAUUUAAUUGUUUAUAUUUAGUUAUUAUUCCAUUACCGUUAGUUUUAUGUUCUUGUAACAGAUCGAUAAUUUUUGUUCUCUUUGUAAUACAAUACAUUUCUAUUAAGAUUCAUCGUUAAAAAUAUGGUUUUGUUUCAUGACAAAAAAAAUUUGUUUUACUUUUAUGAAAUAUGCUAUGUGGCCAUGGAAGGUUUGAGAAAAAUAAAACAAAUCAAAUUCUUUUUUA